UUUGUCCCACAUUUAGUUUGUUGGCUUUUCGUAAGUCAAAAUUUAAUUUGAAAUCAGGAACUGUGAGUAAAUACGAUCAUGACAUUGUGACAGCUUUUAGCGCAUGACAGAUUUUCACAUUUAAAGGACCAGUGUGUAGGAUUUAGUGACAUCCAACAUUGAAAUUGGAAAUUGCAACUAACUGAACACUCCUCACAUCUGUAUUUGACGACCUGUGAAUGAGCAUGAGCUGUGAAGUGUCUAAAACUAGUGUUUGGUUUGUCCAUUCUGGGCUACUGUAGAAACAUGGCAGAGUCCAGAUUCUUAUUUUCAGGUGAUUAUACACUAUUGAAAACAUACCUAUGAAUAUUAUAUUAAAGAUCCUUUUAAGUAUUACAGACUGGACCUUUAAGCCUUUACAGAAAAGUAUUGAUAUUUAAUACUCUGCCCAUAAAAAGUAAAUUUUAGAAUUCAGGGGGCCAAAAAUGGCUAACAUACAUGCUAAUAUGGGUGAUAAUGGCAACCUCAGAAACACCAGAUUUGCUAUACAGUGAGCUAAAUUUUAUAUCUUAAUUUAGUUCCAAAAUUAGUGCAAAAUCAAUUUAUUCAUUCUUAAAGGUAAGGAGGGAAAAAAUUCCAAAGCUCUUCUACCUGCUCACUGGUGUCUCCCUUGUUCUUGCCAUGCACUUUUUACCGUAACCCUGUUGAUCUAGAUAGGCAUGGGCUUCACCUGUUUGUGCUCAAUUGGCACAGCCAGUAACUGGAAGGAAGAUCACUGAAUAUACUUUCAUCAAAGCAGCAGAAUUUCCAGAGGAAUGACAAAUGUAUUGGCAGCAUGCAGCAGUCUGACAACUGUUAUUUUUUCACUCCAGCUGCUAGAGCUGCUCGACAGGUCUUACAAUACUUCAUCUGUUUACGAAACGUGAGCUCUCGUCAGGACAGUUUUACUGUAUUCAUAGUUUCUGGUCACAGCGGAUUUCACUCCAACAGGCCUGAACAAAAACAACCAAUCAGUGCAGUGAAUGAUAAAAAGACGCUUUGGAUUGGAGGCUUAAAGAUAGUUUAUUGUUGAGUCUCAUUCAUUUUACUACUUUGCACUUCUGGUUGAUGCUAACUGCAUUUCGUUGUUUUGAACCUGUGCUUGCAAUGACAAUAAAGUUGAAUUGAAUCAAAUCAAAUCUAAUUGGUUGUUUUCAUCCAGGCCCGUGGAUUCUUGUAAAUACCAUUAGGACCACUAAGAGGAGCCAGAGGUAGAAUUUCAGACAUGCACUCAUAUUCUACAAGACACUUUAAGGACUUUAAUCUUCUGUAUUGUUAGACAGGAUCAUCUCUUUGGAAUAAUCUACUUCCCUCACUACAAUCAAUAUCUACAUUAUCUUUGUUAAAAAAAAAAACAUCUCUUACAUUUCUCUAAUUAGCAAAGAUUCACAACAAUGAAUCUCAAUAAAAUGUAUAUCAUCUGGUGAACGUUAUUAUGGUAAAAUAUUGUACAUUUCUAUCAAUUGGGUUUCAGCUGAUUUAAUGUAUCUCUGUUUUUAUCUUUUUAAAGUAUGAUAAUAUUUAUAAAGGGGAGGUAUCUUCAUAAAAUGGAUAUUGAUAAUGGAGUGCAUGGUGAAAUAAUGGGAGCUGCAGGUUCCUUUGAAUUCAGGUGUAGUCAAAAACAUUAACUCAUACAGAUUCAGUCAUUACACAUGAAUUAUGUGUAAAAUAAGUACCCAGCAGAAAGGACUGUUCCUUUUUACACAAGUAUAUUGUGUAACUUUCCUCCUUGUCUCUUUGAAUUCAAACUUUGCUCCACCCCAUUACUUUUCACAAGAUGUUUUUGUCUUAAAGCAGAAGUUGCUUAGGAAAACCCCACUGCGUCACCAAGAUCUAUAAGAGCUGCUGGGCAAGCCUUGUCUAAGCAGAGAGAAAAGACAAACACAUGACAAAGUCGUGGAACUACAAACAAAAAGACUGCUGCACUGAGAACAGGAUUCUUGUUGACUUGUGAACUAGAUACAAGGACACCAUGGUGGACCAGCUAACCUUUGCCCAGGAGAACCGGGAGCGGAUCCAGGCUGUUGAAAACUCAUUCGGCGGGUCGGGGAAGCCCCUGUCCCAGCCGGGUCGGGUACUGAUUGGAGAGGGCCGGCUGAUGAAGCAGAGCCGCCGGGGGCCACAGCCUAAAGCCUUCUUCCUCUUCAACGAUGUGCUGGUGUACGGCAGCAUCAUUCUCAACGGCCGCUGGCACAAAAGACAGCAGAUAAUCCCUCUAGAGGACAUCCAGCUGGAGGACUUGGAGGAUGGUGUGAGAAUGAGGAACCAAUGGCUGAUCCGCACACCACGCAAGUCUUUUUACGUGGCAGCCUCCUCGUAUGAAGAGAAGCGAGCCUGGAUUGAGCACAUUGAAGACUGCCAGUCCCGACUGCUGGAAAGCAGUGGCCGCACGCUGGGGUCCAAAUAUGCUGUCACCUGGAUUCCGGACCAGGCCUCCGCUGUCUGCAUGCGCUGCUCCAACAAGUUCACUGUGACCCAGCGUCGUCACCACUGCCGGAAAUGUGGCUUCGUGGUCUGCGGUGCGUGCUCCAAGAAGCGGGCGCUGAUCGGACACAUUCACCCGACCAAGGGUUUGAGGGUCUGCAAAGUGUGUCACUCCAGUCUUUCGAGGAGGGAGUCAAAGGAAGAGGCCCAAGAGACGUCUCGCGUAAGGGGAGACAGCACCGGGAAGACGGGCUCAGAUGAAGAUGAAGUGGAGGGGCCCAGUGAGGAAGAGGAGGCAGAAGAGCAGAUGGAGGACCAUGACCCCAGCAGGUGGGUGGACUCCUGGUCCCCCUAUGUCUACCUCAAACCAGAGCAUGUGAGGCCCUAAACAUAGGCACAUUAGGAGUCCCUCAGAAAUGACCUUUGGACUUUUAUAUGGACACAGUGAUAAUGCAGCUUUGCACAGUAGAAGCAAGUUAAACAUAGCACAACAAGACAAUAAUGUAAUGUAAAGUGUUUUGUACAUUCUGUAUUUAUUGAUGUGAAUAGAAACACUAUUGCUGUGAAGUCGUCACUUUAUGAUCUCUGAAGAAGUCUGUGUGUCCUCAGAGGAUUUUUAGGUAGAACUCAAUCUGCCUCAGUAUAUUUUUUAUUUAUUUAUGUCAAACACGUGUAUAUGUCAGUGUUUUGUACAUUUGGAUUGAACAUCUGCCUCACAUCUGUCUUUAAAAUGAACUAUGGAAAAUAAAACACUUA